GGCCGACGAGUGCUGAGGGUGCAAGAGCCGAGCCUCUCUCCCGCAGACGACUUUUAGUAGCGGGCGGGCUGAGGGAUUGGGUGUCUUUCGCGCGCGCCUGCGGCAGCCUCGCUAUGGAGGCUCAGAAAGAAGCUCUACAAAGGAUUAUCUCUACUCUGGCGAACAAAAAUGAUGAAAUCCAGAACUUUAUCGACACACUGAACCAUACAUUAAAAGGUGUUCAGGCUAAUUCUUCUAAUGUAAUUGCUGAGCUGGAUGAGGAAUUUGAUGGUCUGUAUUCUAUACUGGAUGAGAUGAAGGAAAGUAUGACCAACAGUAUUAAGCAAGAACAAGCUCAUAAAUCUCAAGAGCUACAGAAUCAACUUAGCCAAUGUAGUAAUGCCUUGGAGAAUUCUGAAGAACUUCUAGAAUUUGCUGCACGGUCACUGGACAUAAAGGACCCUGAGGAGUUCUCAAAGGCUGCCAGACAGAUCAAAGAUAGAGUCACAAUGGCUUCAGCAUUCCGCAUCUCUUUGAAACCAAAGGUCAGUGAUAACAUGACUCAUUUGAUGGUGGACUUCUCUCAGGAAAGGCAGAUGCUCCAGGCUUUAAAGUUUUUGCCAGUCCCCAAAGCUCCAGAGAUAGACCCAGUAGAGUGUCUGGUAGCUGACAACGCUGUAACGAUAGUAUGGAGAAUGCCAGAAGAAGACAACAAAAUUGAUCAUUUUGUAUUGGAAUAUAGGAAAACUAAUUUUGAUGGGCUUCCUCGAGUAAAAGAUGAAACAUGCUGGGAGCUGAUAGACUAUAUUAAGGGCACUGAAUAUACAUUAUCUGGACUGAAGUUUGAUUCAAAAUAUAUGAACUUUCGGGUAAGAGCUUGCAACAAGGCUGUGGCAGGGGAAUACUCUGAUCCAGUGACUUUGGAGACUAAAGCACUUGUCUUCAAUUUGGACAAUACAUCAUCUCAUCUGAACCUGAAAGUUGAAGAUUCUUAUGUUGAGUGGGAUCCUACUGGAGGCAAAGGCCAAGAAAACAAAAUAAAAGGAAAAGAGAAUAAAGGCAGAAGUGGCACACCAUCUCCAAAGAGGACUUCUGUUAGUUCGAGGUCACCAUCGAUAAGGGGCAGCAGGGAUCGCUUUACUGGUGAAUCAUACACAGUGUUGGGAGACACUGCUAUUGAAAGUGGACAGCACUACUGGGAGGUGAGAGCCCAGAAGGACUGCAAAUCCUACAGUGUGGGAGUAGCGUAUAAAAAUCUGGGAAAAUUUGAUCAACUGGGAAAGACUAACACAAGCUGGUGUAUCCAUGUCAACAACUGGCUACAAACCACCUUUGCUGCAAAGCACAAUAAUAAAGCCAAAGCCCUAGAUAUGACUGUUCCGGACAGAAUAGGAGUGUACUGUGACUUUGAUGGAGGUCAGCUCUCAUUUUAUAAUGCAAGUUCAAAGCAAUUGUUAUACACCUUCAAAACAAAAUUUACCCAACCACUGCUACCAGGUUUCAUGGUCUGGUGUGGCGGACUUGCAUUGAGUACUGGACUGCAGGUGCCGAGUGCUGUGAAAAUGCUCCAGAAGAGUGAAAAUGGAUUGAGUGGUUCAGCUAGCAGCCUAACCAAUGUUACCCAAUAA